AUGCGCGUGCUGGUGGUGGACGACGACCCGCUGUGCCUCAUGAUCCUCGAACGCAUGCUGCGCCGCUGCAAUUACCAAGUGACGACAUGCAACAAGGCGACGACAGCGUUGGCGCUGCUGAGGGAGGGGCGCGAGGCGUACGACCUGGUGAUCAGCGACGUGUACAUGCCCGACAUGGACGGCUUCAAACUCCUCGAACGCAUCGGCCUCGAAAUGGACCUCCCCGUCAUCAUGAUGAGUGCGAACGGGGAGACGAGUGUGGUGAUGAAGGGCAUAACGCAUGGGGCGGUGGACUACCUCUUAAAGCCCGUGCGCAUCGAGGAGCUGCGCAACAUCUGGCAGCACGUCGUGCGCCGCCGCACCUCCCACCACAUUAAGGAAAGUUCUGGUCACUCGGGCCUUCCAGGUCUCUCAGGUUUCGCUCAAGUUGCUCAUAUCGCACACUCGUUCUAUCUUCAUGCACCCCCCUCCCCCUCUCCCUGCCUAUUAUUUCCACCUGGUCUGUUUUCCCGUCCUCCUCACGUCCCCUCCUCCCCCUUCUCCCUUUCAUCUCUCCUAUUGCUCCCCUCCCUCUAUCCGCACUCGCCUCCUUUAUCCCUCUAUGUCACUCGUCCCUCUAUUGACCCUCUUUGCGUGCGUCCUACUGCCGCAUUCCUCUUUCGUCCAUCCCCUCCCCUCUUCUAG